CGAGCGACGAGCUCAGCUGAUGCAACCUAACCGGACCCGCGUGACAGUUCCCGGCACGCGGCGGCGGCGGCGGCGACCGAGGAAGGGCGGGAGUGCCUCGCUGAACGCGGGAGACGGGGGCGACGGAGCCAUGGGAGACUCUCCGAGCCCUGAAGAAAAGCUGCACCUUAUCACCCGGAACCUGCAGGAGGUUCUGGGGGAAGAGAAGCUGAAGGAGAUACUGAAGGAGCGCGAAUUGAAAGUUUACUGGGGAACGGCAACCACAGGCAAGCCCCAUGUGGCUUACUUCGUGCCCAUGUCUAAGAUUGCGGACUUCCUGAAAGCAGGAUGUGAGGUAACAAUUCUGUUCGCGGACCUUCACGCGUACCUGGAUAACAUGAAAGCCCCAUGGGAACUUCUAGAACUUCGAGCCAGCUACUAUGAGAAUGUGAUCAAGGCAAUGCUGGAGAGCAUUGGUGUGCCCUUGGAGAAGCUCAAGUUCGUCAAAGGCACUGAUUACCAGCUCAGCAAAGAGUACACGCUAGAUGUGUACAGACUCUCCUCCCUGGUCACACAGCACGAUGCUAAGAAGGCUGGCGCUGAGGUGGUAAAGCAGGUGGAGCACCCGUUGCUGAGUGGUCUGCUGUACCCCGGACUGCAGGCCUUGGAUGAAGAGUAUUUGAAAGCAGAUGCCCAGUUUGGAGGCGUUGAUCAGAGAAAGAUCUUCACCUUUGCAGAGAAGUACCUGCCUGCACUUGGCUACUCAAAACGGGUCCACCUGAUGAAUCCUAUGGUUCCAGGAUUAACUGGUAGCAAAAUGAGCUCUUCAGAAGAGGAUUCUAAGAUUGAUCUCCUUGAUCGGAAGGAGGAUGUGAAGAAAAAACUGAAGAAGGCCUUCUGCGAGCCAGGGAACGUGGAGAACAACGGGGUCCUGUCCUUCAUCAAGCAUGUCCUCUUUCCCCUCAAGUCUGAGUUUGUGAUCCUUCGAGAUGAGAAAUGGGGUGGAAACAAAACCUACACAGCUUACUCGGACCUGGAAAAGGACUUUGCUGAUGAGGUUGUACACCCGGGAGACCUAAAGAAUUCUGUUGAAGUCUCCCUCAACAAGUUGCUGGAUCCCAUCCGGGAGAAGUUUAAUACCCCUGCACUGAAGAAACUGGCCAGCACUGCCUACCCAGAUCCCUCGAAGCAGAAGCCAACUGCCAAAGGCCCUGCCAAGAAUUCAGAACCAGAGGAGGUCAUCCCAUCCCGGCUGGAUAUCCGUGUGGGGAAAGUCAUUAGUGUGGACAAGCAUCCAGAUGCAGACAGCCUGUAUGUGGAGAUGAUUGACGUGGGGGAAGCUGAGCCACGGACUGUGGUGAGCGGCCUGGUGCAAUUUGUGCCCAAGGAGGAACUGCAGGACCGACUCGUCGUGGUGCUCUGCAACCUGAAACCCCAGAAGAUGAGAGGAGUUGAGUCUCAAGGCAUGCUACUGUGUGCUUCUCUAGAAGGAGUGAGCCGCAAGGUUGAGCCUCUGGACCCUCCUGCAGGCUCUGCUCCUGGUGAGCGAGUGUUUGUGAAGGGCUUUGAGAAGGGCCAGCCUGAUGAAGAGCUCAAGCCCAAGAAGAAAGUCUUUGAGAAGUUGCAGGCUGACUUUAAAAUUUCUGAGGAGUGCAUCGCACAGUGGAAGCAAACCAACCUCAUGACCAAGCUGGGGUCCAUCUCCUGUAAAUCGCUGAGAGGGGGGAACAUUAGCUAGCCAACCCAGCAUGGUCCUCCCUUCUCCCAUCGUCCUGAGUCAUCUGCUGUCUCCUCAACUUGCUCGUCCAUCACCCGUUUCCCCGUUUCCCAGGACACUGAAGCAGGAAGUUUGGGACUUUAUUAGGUGCAGAACUUGGUAAGGGGCAGCUAGCUCACUCUUCCCAGAAUCUAGGGUCAUCCUGCCUGGCUGCAGUGGGAGGCUGACCUCCCAGGUAGUAAUGGGGGCAGGGCGGCAGCAGGGAGGCCAGCUCUGCCUUCCUCCCUUGGCAGCUGACUUGAGAAAUCUGGUUUCAAUAUAACUCAAAAAAAGUUUAUACCACAAUCCUUCUAAUUGGAAAAAUAUUGGUUCCCAGGUUUUCCUAGAGUUAUACCAGCAGCUGUGCCUCUGGCUGGGAUCUGGUGCCUGAAGUGGGCUAAUUACAGCUUCUCCCCAAACAGGAAAUUGUGGGAUUUGAGAAGGGAAAACAGAGAACCUAGUGGUCUACCAAGUGGUUGGCCGGUUUCCCCAAUGCCUGCCAACCCCGAGGCUUGGCACUGGGGGGCAGGGCCUGCCCCAGGGCUCCUGGAAUUUCCCUUGAUCCUGCUGGGUUGGGACACUCCCUAAACCAGCUGUGUGGUGUUAACAUCAGCAGUAGGGUGGAUGGCACAGCCUGGUUCUUUCUUCAGAGGGGGUGGGGUACUUCUCCAUAAGGCAUCUCAUUCAGAAUCACUAACCAUCACUGUCAUGAAUUCAAAUAAAAUGUCUGAACAAG